ACACACACACACACACACACACACACACUCAGGCUCUGCCUCGGCUACGUAGUGUGUGUAGCCCCCCAAAGAAGACUUGAUGAUGAUCUGAGCAACAGAUCUAACAACACGAUUUGUAACGCAAAGCCACACAGACCGGAUCCAAUGCGUAGGUGAUGUGAAAACCCUGGACGGAGCGAUCGAUCGUUCUGGGACGAGCACACCGAAAGCAGGACUUUUCACCGCUGCUGUGUGCUCACGUUGGCCACCAGAUGAACAAGUUCUGAAAGUCGAGCCUUGCAGUUUUCAACACGAGAGUUCCCUUCACUUAAACAUCAUGGCUGUCUCGUCGUGCUCUCCAAAUCUCCUGCUCCUUCUCCUGGUUUCCUCCUUGGAUUGGCUGUCGGCUCCAGGAUCUGCCUUUCUCAUAGACCGGGACCCUCUGACAUCAUCAGCUUCCCUUGAACCACAUUUCACAGAGUGCAUAUCGAGGAACCAGGAGACGUUCCGGUGUUGGUGGAAUCCAGGGGACUUCCACAACCUGUCCUCACCUGGAGCACUCCGAGUCUUCUACCUUAAAAAAGACUCCCCCACCAGUGAAUGGAAAGAGUGUCCAGAGUACAUCCAUUCAAACAGGGAGUGCUUCUUUGAUGUGAACCACACUUCCAUUUGGAUCCCCUACUGCAUGCAGCUCCGCAGCCAAAACAAUAUCACCUACUUCAAUGAGGAUGACUGUUUCACUGUGGAGAACAUCGUACAUCCUGACCCCCCAGUGUCUCUAAACUGGACACUGUUGAAUAUAAGUCCCUCUGGACUAACCUAUGAUGUCAUGGUCAACUGGGAGCCCCCGCCCUCUGCUGAUGUUGGUACAGGCUGGAUGCGGCUAGUGUACGAGAUCCAGUACAGAGAGAAAAAUACCACUGGGAGCUGGGAAUCGUUGGAGACACAGCCGCACACCCAGCAGACAGUCUACGGCCUGCACAUAGGAAAAGAGUAUGAAGUGCACAUCCGUUGCAGGAUGCAGGCCUUCACUAAGUUUGGAGAAUUCAGUGACUCCAUCUAUGUUCUAGUGACUGAGGUCCCCAACAAAGAGUCUACCUUCCCACUCUUGCUGGUGUUUGUUUUCGGGGUUGUGGGCAUCCUCGUCCUCAUCAUGCUCAUUAUAGUCUCCCAGCAGCACAGAAUAAUGAUGAUUCUUUUGCCACCCAUUCCUGCACCCAAAAUUAAAGGCAUUGAUCCUGAGCUGUUGAAGAAGGGGAAACUGGUUGAGCUGAAUUUCAUCCUGAGUGGUGGAGGGAUGGGCGGCUUGCCGACGUACGCGCCCGACUUCUAUCAAGACGAGCCGUGGGUGGAGUUCAUAGAGGUGGAUGCUGAGGAUGCAGACGCUGGAGAGAGGGAGGACAACCAGGCCUCGGACACCCAGAGACUCCUCGGUGUGCACCAGCCCAUUGGCCACCACAUGAACAUCGGGUGUGCCAAUACCAUCGGCUUCCCCGAUGACGACUCAGGCCGGGCCAGCUGUUACGAUCCAGAUCUACCAGAACAAGACGCACUUUUGCUGAUGACCACCCUGCUACCAGGCCAACCGGAGGACGGGGAUUCCUCCUUCGAUAUUGUGGAAAGAGCGACAGCCCCAGAGAGAGGCGACAGACCCCUGGACCAAACCCAGACUGGAGCAUCCCAGACUUGGGUCAACACAGACUUCUACGCCCAGGUCAGCAACGUGAUGCCCUCUGGAGGCGUGGUGCUGUCUCCUGGCCAGCAUCUCCGCAUCCAAGAGAGCGGCCUGGUCACCGAAGAGGAGACACAUAAGAAGGGAAAAGAGAACAAAGGAGGGGAGGAAACUGAAGACAAAAAUCCGAAGGAGCUGCAGUUUCAGCUGCUGCUGGUGGAUCCUGAAGGAAGUGGCUACACCUCAGAUAGCAGCAACCGGCAGAUCAACACUCCCCCCAGCUCCCCAGUACCUGGCGAGGGGUAUCAAACCAUACACCCUCAGCUGGUGGAGACCAAACCUGCCGCAACAGCAGAGGGAAAUCAAUCCCCUUACAUUCUUCCUGACUCUCCCCAAUGCCCGUUCUUCGCCCCUGUUGCGGACUACACAGUGGUGCAGGAAAUGGACAGUGAGCACAGUCUGCUCCUUAACCCUCCUCCUCCCCGCCACUCUCCCCCACCCUCCCUAACACAGCAGCACCCACUCAAGGCUCUACCCUCCAUGCCUGUCGGGUACAUCACCCCAGACCUGCUGGGGAACCUCACACCCUGAAAUGACAUUGCUGUUUAAAGGCCUUUGAGGUGAAAGAUUGUUUGAGCAGGGAAUUUCCCUUGCUUUCAAAGAGCUUGUUCCUAACUAAUUCCUAAUAAUGGAAACCCUAAAAAAAACUUGUCGCACACAGCGCGGAGGCAGUGUACAUGUGAUUCGGUUCCGAGGGAGCUGAAAGGGCGAUGUGUCCAGCUGUGUUUUUUGACUUUUUAGCUUCUGCAUAAUCAGUCAAUUUGAUGCAGAGGUGGAACAAAGCGAAAUGUCACUAACCACGUUUUUUUUCUGACAUCAGUGCACACAAAUGAAAGCUUGUGACUAUGCAUGAGUAAAAUACAUUGCAUCAUAUCUCUGUCUAAUCAUGUUGGAUAAGUACAGAAGCCCUAAGUGGACAUGCCUUCAUACUUUUUAAGUCAUUAUACUCCAUUUCCCGUGAUCAUAACUUUCUGUUUGUUGUUUGAAAUCAAAUUUUUCUCCUUUUCUCGGACAGCAUGGCUGUUAUAUUCCCAUUAUAAGAGCUUAUUUUAUCUCAAGAUAACAAUUGUUUUCUUGAGUUGAGGGUUAUUUUUUUUUUGGCAAUCUAGAAAACAAAACAAGAGGCUGGUCAUGGAGACAAGUCAGACCAUGACAUGCUGCCAUUACCGACACUAAUGAGGUUAAUUAAGCCGAUUUCUUUGUUCAUUUUGUGCAUUUGCAACUCUGGGGAUAUGAGAUCUGGAGAACACUACCAGAAAUGAGUCAUUAUCGCAGGAAUAUGGAGUAAAUAAAAUGUAAGGAUGCAUGUCCUCUUAGGGCUUUGGUAGAUAUAAAAGAGCAGUGAUUUGUUGAAGUCUUAAACUAGCUGAGAGAUGUCAUGUAUGAUCGAUUGAGAGUAGACAAGCACAAUCUAGUCAUGUUUUGAACGCCCCUCCAAGACAAACUCAUCGCUGUCAGAUGUUUUUUUUUUUUUUUUUAUAUUCUUUGAAUUUCUCAACUUAUUAGAAGGUCAUUAGAGAUAUAUUUUUAUACAAAACAUACCUAAACUUUCAGAACGAUCCACCUUUCAAUUUAAGUCUAAAAAUGGGAACUAUGCAGUUUAUGAAUGCAUUCCUGGCCUCGAUUUGUUUAAUUGUAUUCAUGCUUUAGUUAUUGCAAAUUGGCCAAACUCGAACUUCAUUAUGUAAAUAGGUUUUUUCCCCCUACAGCCACCAACGAAAAACCAAAUGAAAACUAUGAAAUGGACAUGCACUUACAAAGAGUUGUCAAUCAUUGGGAUGAAAUAAUGAUUGUCAUUAUAUCGCUUUGCUGUCCAAGAAGCUCAUUGAUUUGCAUUCUGGGAAAUAAGCUACACAUUAACCGUAAUAGAAGUGAUGAAUUAAAGGGAACUACAACAUUCCUGCAAUGCAUUAAAUAAUACAGAUUUAUUCUGCACGUCCAAGCAUGAUACUUUAAUCAACCCAGGGUUUUUUCUUCUCAUUUGAUGUUGACAGAACAUGUCGAUCACUGUGCUCAAACAUCACUAAGAGGAAUGAGUUAUUCAGAUGAGCUCAGAGCCGAGAGAGAGAGAGAAAGCUGCUCAGUACAAACUGUGCGGUAGAACACUAUAAGUGCCUAGCUUUAGGGUAUGAUUAUGUCGUUAUUCAGCUAGUUGGGCUAGAAUCAAAGGGACUCACCCAGCCAGCAGGUAUUACAUUUCAUCCUAUGGCAGCAGCCAAGUCUCACCUUUGAAACCAGCAAUCAUUCAUAAUCUGUCAUUUAAACAGAGAAUGUAGAAAGCUAGCCAACUGCUUUUGAUGUGUGUUCUUCUCAUGUUUCGCUGAUUUUGCAGCAGCAACUGGAACAAAUUCAAACCUGGGAAACGUAUGUAAUUAGCUCAUAUUUUGUCUGCUAAGUACAACGUGUUAACAACUCGUGCCUCUGAUCAUGUAAUUGGAUCUGGGUUUACAUUUAUGUGUCAGUGUUUCCCACAGAAUGUCGAGGUACCUGGGCGCUGGAGUUGGCAGGGGAUUGACACACUUUGUUUUCCCCUCUAAAUUAAUUUAGUUUUUGCAACAAACAACCUAAAUCUGCUCAAUUUAUCACCGUACACAGACUCAAAACUGUUGGUUUUGCUGUGCCUUAUCUGUCCGAAGGAGUUGAGAAGGAUUUUUUUUUUUUUUUAAACAGGAGUUUUGUUAUGUUGCACGGAGCCGUAAAGUCCUUGUGCGAUCUCUCUCUCUUACGCGCGCACACAGCAAUUUUAUGAGUAAAUAAAAAAAUGAAAUAAAAACAAGUCGGAAAUAUACUUGGAGCCGUUAAUAUACUUAGGCGGCCCGCCCAGGUAUUGUCUAUGUGUGGGAAACACUGUAUUUCUGUAGUUUAGUCGGUGUUGAGCGUCUCUGUUCGUUGAUUCAGUCAGCGAAAAAAAGCCUGUGCAUGCUCCAACACUAAAAUGUGUGCACACAAACACGCUCACUACAUUAUUACAUUUUCUUAGUUCAAACCCUAGACUGUAGGUUUAAACAUAAUUAAGCCUUCCUGAAGCUUUUACGAUAAAAUAGUUACGAGGUUAGAACAUUUUCAGAGACCAAUCAACUGUAAUUUACACUUUUACGAUCAUGGUCAAAAAGCUGACCAUCGUUCUCAAACCAAAAGUGGCGAUCAGGGAAAGCUCCAAAAGACUUUUUAGUUGCAAGAUAUGCAACAAUUAUAAACUUAGAUGUAUUUUUUUAAAGUUAAUGUUCCCCUUUGCUUAGAUGAACUCAAAUACGGACAUUACUUUGUCAUAAUAUGUUUAGUCACUAGUUUAGUCACAUUAGCUCAAAGUGUAACCUCAGCGGUGUUUCAUUGACAGCGUAAGCUUUUUAUAAUGGCCUGUGUAGGGGGAGAGAAAAGAAGAGGAGACCUUUUGUAAAGGUUUUAGUCUCCUCUUUGUUUUUUAUCUUCUGAAUCCUUAGAAAACGAUUUGACAAUAUGCCUGUGACAAACACAGCAGCAUGGCAUGCUGCGUACAAUAAGCUAUCUUACAAUAAGCCAAUAGAGGUUUUUAUCGUAAAACACACACAAUGCAUUUCAUUUCCACAAUGUCUAUGAAUGGGUUCGACGCUCUUAUGUUGUUGUUGUUGUUGUUGUUAUUGUUGUUGUAUAGCAUCAUUGUGGGCCCAUCUCAACGUAAACAAAACAUCCUUCUGGGUGAAAAAGUAAACAUCCUGCUUUUAAAUUGUGUUCUUUUGGAAUCAAAGGAGCGCAGAAUAGCCAACUAUUGACUCAGAUAGAAAAGGUAUUUUUGUAUCCGACAAUCUCACAAUGUAGAGAGACAAAGCAAGAGCCUUAAUACGACAAUUCUUUCAAAUGUGAAUAUGAUAAAUAUGUGCCAUUACUCUCGCUUUCUCUCUUUCUCCGGGAAAAAGAGCUCAGUGUUCUGUCGUUGUUGCCUUGUGUGCUGAUGAUACCAGCAAUGGAUGCUGUUGCAAAAUGUCUUAAUAUAUAAAUAGUGCUGUAAAACAAAAUGACAGGAAUAUGUAUAUUUUUAUGUCAUUAAUAUUACUAAUCACAAUAUAUUGCUGCUCGGUACUUGUAAUUUUUUUUUCCUGCAUUCAGCUGUACUGUGAGGGGAAAGGAUUUAUGUUUGUGAUAACUGCAGAUUUAAUGAGAAUGAUUUUCUGAAAACGGGAGGCACGGGGUGGCAUGAUUUGGUUUCAGCUAUCAGUAGCAAUUCCAUCCGCAACAACGUCACUCUUCUGAAACUUUUACAGUGUUUACACCCAUCCAAAGAUCCGCAGAAGUGCUCUGUGUGUACACAUGAAGGAAGGUCAGAUAUUGGAUAAAGCACUGUCCAGGCUCUGUUUCAGUUGUACCAUUGUGAUUGUGAAUAUGUGAAAACUGGAAUAUGCAAUGUAAUUAUACUAUUGAGGAAAAAUGGGGAAAAAGUUAAACCCAUGGACGUGUUUUUUAUUUUUAUUUCUAAGGUUAUAGUGAGGGAAAUAAUUUGUGUUUGUCUGUUCAUGCUAACUGUACAGGUUUUUACUUCAUCGUGUUUUUUUCAAAUGUUCUGUCAGUCCUCAGUGAGCUCAUUCUUACAGUAGUGUGAAGGUUUGCAGCUGUAAUUUCUAGCUUUUAAAUGUUACAGACACUUUAGAGCAAGCACUUUGUACCCAUAUCGGAUGUCUCAAGUAGUGUUCAGAUUUUAUUUUUAUCUUGGGCUCAAUCAAGUCGAAACUGUUGCCAUAGAAACAGCAUUAUGUUCUGUACUCAGCACAAUCGUCGCAAAAUGAGGAACCGUCAAUAUCAAUAAGCUUUUGUUCUACAGAGUUUAUGUUUGUAGGAUGUGUUUUACACUACCAGAUUCACUAGGAUGAUGUACUGUAAUGGAGUUUUUUUGUUUGCUAUAAGAUUAAUGGAUAUAGAUAUAGAGUCUUUUAUGAAGUCAUAUGGAAUUAUAGGCAGGAGUGAAUAUAGUUAAAACUGUAACUCUGAACUCUUUACAAUGUUUCUGCUUUGCCAUGUGAGCAUUUCAAUAUUAAAAAAAAAGUGCAUUCAAA